GGGACAAACCUCCGUCAGCAGGUAUUAAACUGGCAACCCUGCGGAGCCCCGAGCCGCGGACACACAGAGGAGCGCAGACUGCAGCGGGACUGGCGCAGACUGCAGCGGGACUGGCGCAGACUGAAGCGGGACUGGCGCAGACUGAAGCGGGACUGGCGCAGACUGAAGCGGGACUGGCGCAGACUGAAGCGGGACUGGCGCAGACUGAAGCGGGACUGGCGCAGACUGCAGGUGUCCGAGUUUAAAGUUCAGCAAACUGUUUUAUUUGGGAUCUAAAAGUUUCUCUUCAAGGGGCCAGGUUGCCUCGAGGUUCCAAUCGGGUAGCAGAACCGAGCCCUGUGUGGCGCAGGACGGGGAGCCAUGCUGUCUCUGAGCCCGGUGGGCCCCGAGGAGCAGCGGAGCUGCGGGAGCUGCGGGGCCCCCUGCAGCUGCGGUCUGGAUGACAGCCUGACCAACCUGCAGUGGCUGCAGGAGUUCUCCAUCCUGGGGGCCCCGGGGCCGCAGCAGGGCCAGCAGCAGCUGGGCCCCGGCGGCCCGGCCUCGCCCCUGGCCGGGGACCCGGCCUCCUGCAGCGGGUCACCGCUGACUCCCGGGAAGCCCACCUCGGCGGCCUUCAGCCGGAUGCGGGCCCCGCCGGGCCUCGCGGCGCGGGGCCACUGCCCGGCCGAGGUGGAUUACCGCAGCAACCCGGACAUCAAGCCGCCGUUCUCCUACGCCACGCUGAUCUGCAUGGCCAUGCAGGCCAGCCAGCGCAGCAAGCUCACCCUGGCCUCCAUCUACCAGUGGAUCACCGACAACUUCUGCUACUACCGGCACGCGGACCCCACCUGGCAGAACUCCAUCCGCCACAACCUGUCGCUCAACAAGUGCUUCAUCAAAGUCCCCCGCCGCAAAGACGAGCCUGGCAAGGGCGGCUUCUGGCGCAUCGACCCCCCCUACGCCGAGCGCCUGCUCAGCAGCGCCCACCGGAUGCGACGCACGCCGCCGCUCCGGGUCCACCUGCCGCCGCCGAACGAGGAGCGCCGGGACCCCCGCUUGUCUGAGGGCGGCCCUCCGGGCCCCCGGCCCCCGGCCCCUGGCCGGCGCGGCCCCAAGAGGAAGUCGGCGCUGGCGUCCCGGAGCGGCGCCUCCGAGGCUACCCGGCACUGCAGCUCCCCGCUGCUCUACGUGGACGAGCAGAGGGACGCCGGGCCCCUGAAGGGCCCCUUCGACUGGGACGGCCUGUUGGACUCGGCCCUCCGGGGGGAGCUCAGUUUGGAUGGGGGCGACUCUCUGAGCCCCAUCAUGGCCUCCGCCGACCCUCCUUCACUCAGGAGUGGCAACGACCUUGACGAGGAGACCUUCCUGGCAACCGCUUUCCUGGAGACGCCCUGGCCGGAGGACGAGGACCGGGGCGACUUCCUGAGCGGCUCCACCGUCAACCUGGACCAACUGUUUGACCUGGGAGAGCCACUAGCCUUGGACGCUAGCAGCCGGAUGGAGCCGCUAGCCUUGGACGCUAGCAACUGUCUCAUUUGAAGAAAGGGUCAGUAGCUAAAGUGGCAGCAUGGACACUUGUCCAUGCUGCUUCCUGGAGGAACCAGGAACAGAGGAGACAGAGUCCAACGUUAAGAAACGAAGUGAAGAAUAUUUCUGUAGUAAAUCUGAAGUUUUUAGUGUUGUAGUGAAAUUUGUUCUGACAUGUUUGUUAUCAAUUUGUUAUGAAUGGGUUCAUGUUCAUAGUUCAAUAUAUUAAAAUUUUGAGCUGUUAUCAACAUGAAAUAGUUCUAU